AGUAAAUAUGGCGUCGAGUGCAAUUGCGACUAUUGUAGUUCGUGUUGUCAGGAUGUGAGGAUUAUUUUGUAGUGGUUAGAAAGCAAGGAAAAGUUUUAGUGUGUGAUCGCUCAAUCGUGAUUUUAUGACCACAAGAUAUAUUGGUAAGAUUACCAAAGUGAAUUUUAAAUAAAUUAUUUAUUUGGAAUUGUGACAAAUAAAUUAUUGUCAAGCAAUUUCUCAACUUUUAUCUUACAGGUACCUUUACACCAUUAGAGAAUUGGCGCUGGAUACACUAAGUCAACAUUUAUUGUGAAAUUACACAAAUAUUUAAGUGAUUUACAAAUUUUAUUUCCUAAAUUAAUAUUAAGGAUAUGGUGGACUUAUAUUGUUAUUCAAGUGUGAAAACUUUUUCAUUGAAAUACCAAAGGUUAGAAAGUGAAACAGUAACUUAAUGGUUGGGUGGAGAAAAUGUUGCGUGACAGUGGUUAUUGUGAGACGGCGGGUAGUGAGGGUGAGCGGGAGGGGGGGCUGCUACCCAUGAUCCCUGUACCCCCGGUGAUGGCUGCAGAUGGUGGUGGGACCGACAAAGAUAGCAGGAUCACCGGCUCCUCCUGUCGGGCCUUGCGUCACGCUGUCGCAUCUCUCAACCGUCUAGAUGAUUUUGUCCUGGAGAAAAUUGGAUCUGGGUUCUUUUCUGAAGUGUUCAAGGUGACGCACAGGGUGACUGGCCAAGUCAUGGUCCUCAAAAUGAACUUACUUCGUUCCAAUAGACACAAUAUGCUCAAAGAAGUCCAGCUCAUGAACCAGUUGUGCCACAAAAAUAUUUUAGGUUUUAUGGGAGUCUGUGUUCACGAAGGUCAAUUGCAUGCUUUAACGGAGUUUAUCAAUGGUGGAAGUCUGGAACAGCUGAUCCAAGCCCGUAACAUGGAACUAACGUACAGAACAAGGAUCAAGCUGGCACUGGACAUAGCUCGAGGCAUGGAGUACCUCCAUUCCAGAGAUGUCUUUCAUAGAGAUCUCACGUCUAAGAAUGUUUUGAUCAAGAAAGAUGAAGCCACAGGGGAGAUGUCUGCAGUAGUCGGGGACUUUGGCCUGGCUGCUAAAAUACCAAGAUCUGGCUACCGGUUACCCACUGUGGGCUCCCCAUACUGGAUGUCCCCUGAGUGCUUGAAAGGUCAGUGGUACGACGAGAGGUCAGACGUAUUCAGCUAUGGCAUCAUCUUGUGUGAGCUGAUAGCCAGGGUGGAAGCUGACCCGGACAUCUUACCUCGCACUGAGAACUUCGGCCUCGACUACCUAGCCUUUAUCGAGCUAUGCACUGAUCCUCCACCCCCGGACUUCCUCAAACUGGCCUUCAACUGUUGUAAUUACGAACCAAAGAACCGGCCUCAAUUCAGUGAGGUGGUGGCUCUACUAGAGACUAUGUUGACACCUGCGUGCCUCCUGCCCUCAGUCUCCUGCCAGGCCAGUAGCAUAGCUGCCCGUAGUGAGGAGUUUCUGCCCACAACCAUGCUGGCUGCUCCUACCAACCCUGCCACCCCCAGCCGUAAGGUGAUUCAUCGGAGAUCUUUAUCAGAGGAUGUUGGAAUGCUAGUGUUUCCACCACAUUUGGCGCCAAGUGAGAAGGCCAGGUGUCAUCUCAUGCUGGCUCGACCUUCGCUCAAACAUCUGGGUGAAACCAUGGCCAAGAAUGACCCUCAUUACAAACCGUUCCCUUCCAAGGCUAACCCCUUCGCUUCAUUGAGCCAGUUUAAAGGUGUCAAGAAAAUUCUUGCAUCCACAAACUCGACUGACUUGUUUUCUUCCUGUUUUGAGCUUCCAUCUCCGUCACCGUAUCGAACCAAACCUUUCGAGUUGAUGCCAGCCAGCAACCGCAAGCAUGAGCCGAAAACUCCGUUCGAAAGAGGGAAAGUUUUUGAAGAAGAGGGUUUGAGGAAAGAGGCACUUCAUGAACAAUCAGUGCUAUUGGAGCCGGUUGUCAAACCCUCACAAAUAAAAAAGUCAAAGACGAAAUUGGAAAGUGGUGUGUCAAAAUUAGAGUGUUCUGUGUUAAGCGAUAAAUCAAAAAAGAAAGAAGUAAGUCCUGUGUCUCAAAGUUCCUUAGAAGAGGAUAAUUUUACAAUUAAGACUCCUGUUUCGAGUAGUAUAAGUAAGGCAGAACCCAGGUAUUGUACAGUUUUAAAAGCAAAGCCCCGUUCUUUACCUUCGUCACCAACAUUUUUGAGAAGAAACACGGUACCUGUAGUGUGUUCGGAAUUGUUUGCGCGUUUAAAUACAAAAAAGAACCAAGUUUUGUCAAAGUGCUCUGGUGAAGAAGACUCAAUACAAAGGAUUGUAUGUGAUGCUGUGAGAAAAAGGUCAUCUCUGUACAAUCAUCCUUUGUUUAAGACUCCUUCUUCAAACCCUCGAACAGGAGACAGUAAAACAUCACCUACUUCUCUGCAACACCCGUUGAGGUCAUGUGCAUCCAGUAGUAAUCUGGCCUGUCUGCCUGACUCAGUGUUCCAGUCUGGAACUACCCCUGUCAUCUCCCUGCGCCGCAGAGGUUCCUGUGAGUCUGGAUUCUUCAGCAGUGUGGGUGAAGAUUUCUGUCUUCCAGGGAUCGAGCUAGUAACUGCGUCGUCUGUGACAUUAUCAUCAUCAUCUGCUGCCUCAUCAUUGUUCCUGGAUUCAGGGGCAACAGUGUCUUGCUCACUAGAUGAUAUCGCCACCCCCCUGCGCGGUCAUGCUCACAUGCCUACCCACUGCCACAAGCGAUCCUCCUCCAUCUAUACCGACAGCUCAGAGGAUGUUUCCAGUCUCGGGUGUGGGGACCUGCCCACUUGGGACGAUAGGAGCUGUCAGGCACCUCAGAAUAUCAGCAAGAUUGUUGAGUAUUUUGAGAGGAAGCAAGUGUGUGGGUCUGUAGCUUCAAGCAGUAAAUGGGAGGCUGGUGACGUUCCCUCCCCUAACCUCACACAGCACUACCAGUUGCAGCGGGAGUACUACCAGCUGCGGCGCAGUUACCUGCCGCCUGCACGACGCAACAUCAACCAUCGCCUCAUGGUUUGUGAGGGAGCAGUCAAGUCUAAGCUGCAGAUCUUCGACAAGAAAUAACCGGUCAGCUAGUCGCACUUAGUAACACUCAAAUAUUUUUGUUCUUAUACAUUUAACCCAGUUAAUCUUAAAUCAAGUGGCUUUCUCAAAUUCUUGUCCUACUAUCGAUUAUUUUUUAAUCAAAUUAAUAUUUAUUGUUAUCAGUAAAAACAUGGGUUCUUUCAUAUAUUUCUUUUUAAAUAUGAACUUUGAGGUAUUAUUUCAUUUACCUGUUUUUGUGAUGGUAUAUAGUACAUGAGUACCAACACUUAUAAAAUAACAUGCACCAAUUUCAGUAUUAUGUUUUAGUUGCUUGUAUUAAUAUAUUUAGUUUAAAAUGAAGGUACAUAUCAAGAACGCUUAUAUGCGACAUUGCUGUGUAAAAUAAAGCACUUGAAAAUAUUUGUUAAUUUUAUACAGAAUAUGUUUUUACUUUAUUACCUUAUUUUCAUUUCAUAAUUUUGUUCUGCAACAUGAUUAUCACUAAACGGAUAUUGAUAUGACGUUUCCUAUUCUGAUACUAUUUAAUGCUAAUUUUUAUGAACGUCAAAACAAAUUUAUGAAAAUUUUGUAUAACAAGUUAAUAAGUAAUCUAUACACUUUCUAUAUUUCUGUGAAAUUAUUUUCUUAUUCACAAAAAUUUUAAUUUAAUAAAACUAUGAUAAGUUUUUAAAACUUUUAUAGAAUUAACAAUUUUUUUCUGGAAACAAUGUUUAUCUUGCGAUUUACUUUGAGAUUUUCAAUUAUAUGCAAUUCAGUUUAUAAUGUUUUAAACUGCUGUAUUCAAUUGUGAUGCUUUAAACUGUGAAGUAAAUCUAUUUAAAAACUGUUAUUUUUGUUGUUGAAACUAGAAAUGGUAACCCUUUCAGAUUUACAAAAUUAUAACCUGUCACAAAGUUCUUUUCUCUUUAAAAAAGGAGAGGUUGAUCACCUUAAAGUCCUCUUUUUAGUUGAUUAAUGCGAUAAGACUUUUAUAAGAUGUUCUUUUCUUUCCAUAUACUGUGUUAUUCAUUUAUGUAUCUGAUUUUUGCCUCACUUUUUGACACUUAAAUUGAAUAUAGUCUUAUAUGCUUUGCUAGUAGUCUUAUUUGGAUGAAACUUUUACAUUGAAAACAGUUUAACAAUACUGUAGAAUAUUAUAAAAAAUAAACUGUUUAUUAUUUUAUACAAUUGUUAUAGCCAACUUUAUAUAAAAGGGUAAACUGACUGAACAUAAUAUAAUUUAAGAAGUUGGAACUAAACUCUGUAAUCUUUUUUUGUUGGUAAUGUUAUAGUUUUGUUCCAAUUGAAUAUGGCAGUUUGUACAUUUAGAUUAUUAUUUUCAAUCCCUUAUUUUUUAAAUAUAUUUUAAAAAUUAAUCCAAAUGAUUUUAGUAAUGAAAAACAUACCAUAUCUUUAUGCUAAUAUAUACUAUACAAGUAAUGUUCCCAUUAAAAAGAAAUUUAAAAAUUAAACCUGUUUUAAAUAUUUGUUUAAGAAAAUCAGUUCUUAUGGUGAAUAUACAUUUUUAAUUUACAUUGCCAUUUAAGAUAAGUCCAAAAUUAUUUAAGAGAUUUUAAUGAAAGACGAUACAAUCAAGGCUGAUAGGUAGCUUUUGUUUUUUGUAGGAUUUGAUGUUAGCAUGUUUUUGUUUAGCCUGUCUGGCAGCUCUAUUGUUAUUUAUAAAAUGUUCUAUAUCGGUUAUUUUUUAUUUAUUUAUAAUUGUUUAUUUAUCAAAAUAUAUAUAUGUAAACUAUUGCAGUUUGUUAAUCUAUAAAAUUUAAGUUAAAGAAUUGUGUGUGUUAAUAUAGUAGAGUGUUUUUCUGCUUGUAUUAACAUUACCUGUUUUCUCUCUACGUUAAUUGUAUCUGCUCAGGAGUUUUGUAAGUUAACAAUGUUCAGCCUUAGGUUACAAGAAGCAAUUAAGGAGCUCAACAAUUUCAUAUGAAAGUAUUUUGUAUAAUUGAAAGUAGGUAAGUUGUGUACCUGCCGUCCUUAGAAACUUUUACUGUGUUAUUUUCUAAAUAUUGUUGUAUUUUUAAUUUUGUUAAGUGUUUCCCCAUCUGUCUUCCUGUGGUGUACAACUCGGUUAUAUCAAUAUUGUAUUUUGUAAGGUGUCAUUUUAGACUGUACAUAUUGGAGUCUUCAGAACUGGUUAGUAUUAAUUGUGUUAUGAAUAAUUCUUGUGCCUAUGUGACUUCUAACAUUGUACUGUUACUUAAUCUUAAAUUUAGGUUUAAAGUAUUUGGUUUAGAAAGUACAUCAAUUACCAUACAUUUUAGUUAUUUCCAGCACUGCAAUAUUUUAACUGAUUUGCCUGUUGAAGUUAACUGAUAGUAUUUGUUGUGUUGAAAUUUUACUGAACAUGAAAGGUAGACUGUUAUUCCAUUUCUAAAUAGUAAAAUAUAAUCUAUAUCCAUUGCCUCUUUCUAAAAAAAAUGAAGUUAUCUUUUACUUUGUUUUACUGCAUCAGGUGGAUAAUUUUAAUAAUAAAUGAGUAUUAUCAUGGGUUGUUAUUAAAAAUUAAUAAAAAUCAUAAAACAUGUUACAAAUAAAACGAGGAUACAGCUAAUAUUAUAUUUUUUAUUAAGUGAGAAAAUAAGAUAUUACGAGUUAUACAUCAUAUGUGCAAAUCAGUGAUAACUUUGUUAAUUUACUGUCAGUGAAGGGUUAUAAUUUAUGGUUAGUUAAUUGUAUUUAUAAUAGUUCCUUUAUACACAAAGAUUAUACCAAAUAUUUACUGUAAUGUAAAGAGUAAUGGUUGUAUUGAGCACAAUUCAAUAUUAACCAGAGCCUACUGCAGACAAGACUGUCAUAUGUAAAUGGUGUACAGAUAGUCUCGCCACUUGUUAAAUAGUAUUGUAAUAUUUUUCUAGACUUUGUAUUAUAUUUUUAUCUAGUCAGUUGGUCAUUAUUUUGUUGUACAGUGGUAUUAUUGAAAAUUGUAUUUCUAUUUGCAUUUAAUGUGGAAUUGAACUGGUUAUUCUCAUUAUUAAUUAGAUUCUAUACAAAAUUAUUCUAAAGAAAUAUAAUUCACAAGAAGUGUG